CUUGCGUGUGCCGCACACGCAAAGACCGGCGCUAUUUUUAGCGCUAACGCCCGCAAAGACGUGUUUCUUGUGUGCCUGCGCCGUGCCGCCGACGGCGAAAAAAGCGCAAACGUUUAACGGUAUUCGGCAUCCGAGAUCUUCAAACAUUCCAACCGGUGAAAAAGGAACAAGGGGUGUUAAUUUAGAACCUAGUUAAUCAUGGCGGUGAACGUGUACUCAACGAACGUCACCACAGAGAACCUCUCGCGGCAUGAUAUGCUCGCCUGGGUGAACGACUGCCUCAAGAGCAGUUUCGGAAAGAUUGAAGAGUUGUGCACGGGGGCGGCGUAUUGCCAGUUCAUGGACAUGCUAUUCCUCAACUCCGUGCCGUUGAAGCGCGUCAAGUUCAAGACCAACCUGGAGCAUGAGUACAUUCAAAACUUUAAGAUCCUCCAAGCUGGCUUCAAAAAGAUGGGUGUUGAUAAGGUGAUACCAGUAGAUAAGUUGAUAAAGGGCCGUUUUCAAGACAACUUUGAGUUCUUGCAAUGGUUCAAGAAGUUCUUUGACGCGAAUUACGAGGUGCGAGAUUACGACGCGCUGGAGGCGCGCGGUGGCAUCGAGCUGGGCAACGCCAUCAAUCUGCAGGGCGGGUACAUUUCCGCACCGCAGCGUCAACCGCCCACCGCCGCCGCCGUCCGACAGGGUAACGGGCAUGGCGUGCGGCGACCAGUGCCGAAGGUGAUGCCACAGCGGACUGCGGUCGCGCCUAGCCGACCAAUUGGCGGCGCAGGGCGUGGCGACAACGGCAAAAUAGACGACCUCAAUAAUCAACUACUCGAGUUGAAGGUCAACAUGGAAGGCCUCGAGAAGGAGCGCGAUUUUUACUUUGGAAAGCUGCGCGACAUUGAAGUGAUGUGUCAGGAGACCGAUGAGGGCAAUCCACUCAUACAGAAAAUCCUUGAUGUGCUUUACGCCACAGAGGAUGGAUUUGCUCCGCCAGAAGAAACCGACGACGGAGCGGGCGAGGAGGACGAGUACUAGACACACCCUUCUUAGCCCCACAACCAAUCAAACACACCGUAUCAUUAUCACAACACAUACACCACACACACACACACACACACGGCAAACAAAACAGCCAAUCAUUUUCCUGUCAAAUUUGGCGAGCGCGCUGCUUGUUUGUUCAUUCGCUAUCGCAAAAGAAAAAAAAACGAUGUGAUGUGAGAAACAAUAGAUACACGUUUGUUUCAUCAUUUGAUAACUUAAAUUAUUUAUAUAUGCGCCAACGUUGCUUUUAUUCUAACAAAUUGAUUGUAAACACUGAACAUGAAAACGAAACAAAGAAAAACGAAAACGUAGAGCGCUACCACGUCACCUCGUUGUUUACUGCUGGAAAUACUCUUUAUGUGUCGACGAUGUAGUGGACUAUUGGAUUCUUUUUUAUUGUUAGCUUGUGAAAGACACACACUUGUAAAUCGUCUGCGUACGCGCGUGUACGUUGUGUUAUGUUUGAAAUCAACAUUUUAAUCGAGAGUUUUUUAUAUAAAUAUUCGGGUGUAAAGAAAUAUGCGCUGAAAAUCUUGAGGGCGAAUACGCAUGAUCGCACACACAUUAUUGCAUUGACGGGCUACCGACUUGAACAUUUCAUGCAAUAGGGACGACUUUGAAAUAAAUUUUCUUUAUGAACA